GUGAAUCAGAGUUAUAUGGAUUGGAUUGGCAGAUAAAGAAUGGUUCCAACCAAUCCAAUCGGUCCGUGGGUCGAUUGGCGUCCCACUGUGGGCAGUCUACCUUGAACCGUUUAACAAACUCGGAAAACCUGUGGGAUCCUACAGUUGCUGACGGCGAUGACGAAGGGCGACGGGUCGUGGCGCGAGGAUGGGCCACAAUUGAAUCGACUGUGUUGGCGCGACGGACGGCAACGCGAUGAAUCCGCGACGAAAGGUUAGCUCCGCCGCGAUCUUCCUCAAGAAGACAUACGACAUGAUCAACACAGCGCCAGCCAACAUUGCAGGGUGGAGCGACAACGGGGGAUCGUUCGUCGUGCGCGAGCCCAAGGAAUUCGCCGCCGUGAUGUUGCCCAAGUACUUUAAGCACAACAACUUUAGCAGCUUUGUGCGGCAGCUCAACUUUUACGGGUUCCGGAAGACGAAGAAGGAAGUGCUCCUCGUGGCGCUUGAAACCGACGACCUCAAAAACUCGUGGGAGUUUCAUCACGAGCUGUUUCAUCAGCACAAACCUCACUUGAUGGCCAAGAUCAAGCGGAAAACCAACUACUCGGAACAGUUCUCCGAUUCGAAUUCGAACGGCGACGACAUCGAUGAACUGCGCAACGAAGUCGGCGACAUCAAGGCCCACCUGACCAAUUUGAGCGACCAAAUUGCGAGUCUCUCGCGGCUCGUCCACAGUGUCUGUCAUGACUCGCUGAAACGAACGCGCGACGACGCUGGAAUUCAGGACCAGUUUGAACAGUCCCGGUCGCUGCCACAACGCCGUCUCGACGAGACUCAACAGUUCAUCGAGAAUCUCCAGUACGUUGACGUGAUCCCGUUCGAGAUGGCCACCAACUACAACAACCCGACGGCUGACAUGCAACUGCGCCAGGCCUUGCUUGACGCGUUCAUUUACCCGAAAAACGAAGACGAGCAUUACAAAAUUGCUCUGUAGUAUGGGACUCCCACAUAUGUGGACAGCUAAUUUAUUCAUGGUUGUUUGGCCGUUCUCCCGAAGCUCUGCCGUAGCGCAACCCAACCUCGAUGGAUUCCAAUCAAGGAGGCAGCAUCUCGUCCGCGCUUUUCGCAUGUGACAAUGGGGUAUGCACAGCAUCCCGGCACCAAAUAGAUUCGUCGGCUUGAUGGGUCCGCCGACAGCCGCACCCCACAGGUCAGUCGACGUUCACCCCUCUACUGCCACGGCGACAGCGUCCAGGUGG